AACCCAUCGGGCAUUAUAUAUACAGCUCGUGGGCGCGGACUUGGUUACUCACGUUGCGAAUCGUCAAACGAAGAACUUCUUUGCUGUCCUAAUUACACGGAAGUGUGAACUUUUAUCGAAGCGCAGAAAACUCAAAAGAAUCGAAGAGAAAAAAUGGCGGCGAAGGCACCCGCAGUUGGUAUUGAUCUUGGCACGACCUACUCCUGUGUCGGAGUCUUCCAGCACGGCAAGGUCGAGAUCAUCGCCAACGAUCAAGGAAACCGCACGACGCCCAGCUAUGUGGCCUUCACGGAGACUGAACGUCUCAUCGGCGACGCCGCCAAGAAUCAAGUUGCCAUGAAUCCCAACAACACCAUUUUCGAUGCCAAGAGACUGAUUGGACGUCGCUUUGAGGAUCCGACCAUUCAGGCUGACAUGAAACAUUGGCCCUUCACUGUAGUAAACGAUAGUAGCAAACCAAAAAUCCAAGUACAGUAUAAAGGAGAGACGAAGACUUUCUUCCCCGAAGAAGUGAGUUCGAUGGUUUUGGUAAAGAUGAAGGAGACUGCAGAAGCAUACCUGGGCAAGACCGUUACCAAUGCCGUGAUCACCGUCCCCGCUUACUUCAACGACUCGCAGCGUCAGGCAACCAAGGACGCUGGUACCAUCUCGGGCUUGAACGUGUUGCGUAUCAUCAACGAGCCCACCGCCGCCGCUAUCGCGUACGGUCUCGAUAAGAAGGCCACCGGCGAGAGAAACGUCCUAAUCUUUGAUCUCGGUGGCGGCACUUUCGACGUGUCGAUCUUGACCAUCGAAGACGGCAUCUUCGAGGUCAAAUCAACAGCCGGCGACACUCAUCUGGGUGGUGAGGACUUCGACAAUCGUAUGGUCAAUCACUUUGUGCAAGAGUUUAAGCGCAAGUACAAAAAGGAUCUAACGUCGAACAAGCGCGCCCUACGUCGCUUGCGCACGGCCUGCGAGCGGGCCAAGCGUACUCUGUCGUCGUCCACGCAAGCCAGCAUCGAGAUCGAUUCACUAUACGAGGGAAUCGACUUUUACACCUCCAUCACCCGGGCGCGCUUCGAGGAGCUGUGCGCCGAUCUUUUCCGCGGCACUCUCGAACCUGUUGAAAAGUCGUUGCGCGAUGCCAAGAUGGACAAGGCCCAGAUUCACGACAUUGUCCUUGUCGGCGGUUCCACGCGUAUCCCCAAGAUCCAGAAGCUUCUGCAGGACUUCUUCAACGGCAAGGAGCUUAACAAAUCCAUCAAUCCCGAUGAGGCUGUGGCGUACGGUGCUGCCGUACAGGCGGCCAUCUUGCACGGCGACAAAUCCGAGGAAGUUCAAGACCUGCUCUUGCUCGAUGUCACUCCGCUUUCUCUGGGUAUCGAAACUGCUGGUGGUGUCAUGACUGCGCUCAUUAAGAGGAACACCACCAUCCCGACGAAGCAGACUCAAACCUUCACGACUUAUGCGGACAACCAGCCGGGUGUGUUGAUUCAAGUAUACGAGGGUGAGCGCGCCAUGACCAAGGACAACAAUCUGCUGGGCAAGUUUGAACUUAGCGGUAUCCCACCGGCACCUCGCGGAGUUCCUCAGAUCGAAGUCACGUUCGACAUCGACGCUAACGGCAUUCUUAACGUCUCCGCCGUGGACAAGUCCACCGGCAAGGAGAACAAGAUCACCAUCACCAACGACAAGGGCCGACUGAGCAAGGAGGACAUCGAGAGGAUGGUUAACGAGGCAGAGAAAUACCGCAGCGAGGACGAGAAGCAGAAGGAGACGAUCGCAGCCAAAAACGGUCUGGAGUCCUAUUGCUUCAACAUGAAGAGCACGGUCGAGGAUGAGAAGCUCAAGGACAAGAUCAGCGCAUCAGACAAGCAGACGAUCUUAGACAAAUGCAACGAAAUCAUCAAGUGGCUUGACGCGAAUCAGCUCGCCGACAAGGAGGAGUACGAGCACAAGCAGAAGGAGCUCGAGGGCAUCUGCAAUCCGAUCGUCACGAAACUCUAUCAGGGCGCCGGUGGUAUGCCCGGUGGUAUGCCAGGCGGCUUCCCCGGAGCCGGCGGUGCCGCACCAGGCGGAGCACCCAGCGCCGGCGGCGCGUCCGGACCUACUAUCGAGGAAGUCGAUUAAGAGUCAUUUCUUACCUUCUCGACUUGCUACUGCCCAUCGUCAUCAUUACCGCAUAACCUAAUAUGCGCGAUUAAACGAAUAAACGAACAUAGAUCAAUUACACACAGCCACGGUCUUCGCUCAAAUCAUUCCGUUUUUAUGUAUACGUUCCUUUCGCGCGCGUCGUCUUUUAUUAGAGUUCCUUUUUUUGUACUCUUUCGUCGAAGUAAAUGCGUAUAUGCUUUAUUUACUUAUUUAUUUUAUUUGCGUACUGUGUACUUAUGAUUUAUUCCGAUAAAGAUCUGCAUUGUUAAUCUUCUAUGUUCCAGACUUCGUAAAUAUAUAGAGCGAUUCCCUAAAAAUUAAA